CAUGCUCCGUGUUUGAUGCGAUUGCCAGGAAGAAUGUUUUCUCGGGAAACUUGAUGAUUGCGGGGUAUGCCCGUGCAGGGCAUCUGCGGGAAGCGAGGAUGGUCUUUGAGGAAAUGCCUCAGAAGAGCACAGUGUCGUGGAAUUCGCUCAUUGGAGCGUUUUCUCGGUCUGGACGACCGAUGGAAUCGCUGCGAUCGAGGCUUGCACUUCAAUGGAGGAGAUUUCUCACGGCCGGUUCGUCCACGCUGUUGUUCUAAGCUGCGAGGGGGAGGCAAGCGUUGGAGUGAUGAACGCGCUCAUCAACAUGUACGGGAAACACUCGAGAGUUUCCGAGGCGAGGAAGACUUUUGCCUCCAUUUGCAAGAGCCACCGGGAUGUGAUCUCGUGGAACAGCAUGAUUGCAGCCUACGCUCGAAACGGUCGUCUCCAGGAAGCCAAGGAUACGUUUGACGCCAUGGAUCUCGAUCGAAACACCGUGACUUGGAACACGAUGAUCGGUGGCUACGCACAAAGCGAAUCCGCCGGAGCUGGUGCUUUGAUCAUGCUUGCCUUGAUGGACCAACAAGGAAUCCAUCCAAACGCGUGCACUUUCAUCAGUGUUUUCGAUGCUUGCGCUCGAAUCUCCGCUCUUAGGCAAGGCCGACUCGUUCACUCUCUCUUGCUCGAGGGCCCCGGAGCGGAAGAUCACUCGCAACACCACCUCGAAGUUGGAAACUCGAUCAUCCACAUGUAUGGGAGCUGCGGCUGCUCUGCGGGGGCGGAAGAAACUCUCCAUCGGAUGCAAUCCCGGACCGUUGUCUCGUGGAGCUCUCUCGUCGCAGCUCACGUCCAGGCCGGAGAUCUCUCGUCCGCUGUGACAAGCUUCCACAAGAUGGCCAUGGAUGGAGUCCUUCCCAACGAGGUGACCUUCCUGGCCCUUCUAAGUGCUCUCGGCCACUCGGGCGAUGUGAAACGAGGCUGGAGUUUCUUCAUCUCAAUGCACCACGAUUACGGAUUGGUGUGGGGAAUAGACCAUCUCGUUUGCACCGUGGAUCUGUUUGGGCGAGCUGGGCUGAUCGAGCAGGCCGAGAGGAUCGUUCUCAGCAGCUCCUUUGCCCGAUCGCCCGUGCCAUGGAUGGCACUGCUGAGCGCUUGCAAGAGCAGCCGCAAUCCAGGAACCAUAGAAAAAUCCGGGACCGUCGCCAGAACAGCGCUGGAGCUCAACACCGCCAAGUCGUCGCCCUACGUCCUCGUCUCCAACGCGUUCUUGGACGAUCUUUCGUACUUUCCCGGCGCCCGGACUUUACCGUACCAACCGCCACCGCCGGCGGCUCCGUUAGUUAAAACCCACCUCGGUUAGUUUGACGAAGAACCAUUUUCUAGGGCAGGGAUUCUAGGGUUUGUGGCGGCCCAGCGGC